GCUGCGUUCCACUAGAUGCCGUGGAAGAAAAGGGAAAACAGCUGUUUGUAGAAAUCCAUUUUCCAAUAGAAUUUUGCGAUGACAAUUGAACUCGGCGAGGUCGUUAACCCGCAGUUUGCUCUGCCGGUCUUUGGUGUCAUCAUCUGUGCGUUACUCGUUUUCGCGUUCGGGUUCAAGUCUUCCGUACAGCCGCCCAGUUUCGACUAUGUCGACGACAACGAGAAAAAGACCAGGAAGAGACAAGACAGAACUCGUAACUCACGGUUACAGCAGACGACUAAGGUGAAUGGACACGUGCAGGUGCCACCGUCCCCCAAGGCCGGCGACGCCCCGGCGACGCCCACCCCGGAAGCCAAACAACGGCAGAAGAAGGCAACCUCGUCGCCCGCGAAGGAAGCAAAGGCAGCGGGAAAGAAGGGAAAGGAGGUGCCAGCGGAGGCGCCCGCAGCGCCGGUGGAUGGAGAUGGAGGAGAAUGGGUGACACCGGUGAGUCGUCGUGGUAAGAAACAGAAGAAGUCCAAGGAGGAGAAAGAGGAGCUGCUGGCACGGAAGACUCCCGAACCGGAGAAGCCUGACGCACCGAAAGAGGAGCUCGACGAGGAGAAGGUUAAGGUCGAGGAGGUUGCAGAGGAGAAGAAGCCAGAGGCAGAAGUGGCCACGGAGACAGGCGACGCAGCAAAGGUUGUUGCGGAGAAGAAAACCCCAAAGAAGAAGAAGAAGAGACAGCAGCCGCCGGCGUUUGUCGUUGAGGAGCCGACGUUCGAAAAGGAGGUCACCCCGGAGAUACCAGCCGAGCAACAGACACAGGAGGCAGAAGAGGAGGAGCGCAAGGUCGCCGAACCGGCGGAGGUCAAGGUCGAAAGUUCGGACGAGCAGACGACGGAGGCGACGGGCGACGGCUCGGAGGGCCGCGGCGAGAACACGUCGGGGUCGGACGAGGUCAAGGUCGAGGACGUCGAGAACGGCUGGCUGAAGGUCGAGGCGAAGGCAUCGCCUGCGAAGGAGAAGAAGAAGAAGUCGAAGAAGAAGAAGGGAAAGGAGGCGGAGACGAGCACGCCGGCGGAGGAACCGGCGGCGGCGGAGGUCGCUGCGGAGGAGGUUGCUGCGGAGGAGGAAGCCGCGGAGCCGAGGAGGGCCCCGUCUCCCGAGGAGAGACUCAGUCCUCUACUCGACGACAGCGGCGAUAGUGGUCACGCAGAAGGCACCGGCUCUUCGGAUAAAUCGCAGGAGAGCAAAAAUGCUGGUGCAGCGAUCGACGAAAUGGGUGAUUCUUGGCAGGAUGCCAAACCGCAGAAGAAGAAGAAGCGAGCGAGAAAGGAUCAAUGAUGUCUCUGACAAGCACCGAGGAGACGGCGGUCGCGUCGUCGUCGUUUUUUUCUUUCCUUUUGUAAGUCCACACACGGGACCAAGCGUCUGCUAAACGGACGGCGACUUCCCGCGCUUCCCCCUAGGUGGCGCUGCGCGGAGGGCGAGCCACCAGGGGGGAGGGGACGAGAAAGAUGCUGUCCUGAUAAACCACGGCGCUGAUUUUGCGGUUGCGCCGAUGCUACGGAUGUCCCCCUCCAGGGGGGGGGAACGCAUGCGGCUCUCUGGCGGGGCGCGCGUCGUGCCCUGCUGCACGCCCGGAAUGCGGUAACACAUUUCGCUUACUCCACGUACCCCGCUGCUGCCCCUCGGUCCUGCGGGCAAGGAGGAACCGCCCGUCUCUCUCUCCCUUCCCUUCCCCACACUUCCCCUCUUCCCUCCUGCCUAUUGCCAAAGUAAGUGUGCCAUUUCUAAACGGCCCGUGUGAGGUCUCACAUUACAGAGAGUGGUACGUUUGUUCUGCUCCCAGAAUUUUGUUUGGGUGUACCUGUUGACAGGUGUCGUCCGGCAGAGUUAUCUUUGCGCGAAGAUGCGCGCGCACUGCUUAUCUUAAUGGGGAAACCAAUCUUCCGACUCGCGCAUCUCAUUGUAUGAUAAUCACAGGUAAUGGUAUUACGUCGCAUAAUGGGUAAAUCGUUCUCACGCCCACGCACGUGGGGGGGCCGAGAUCUAAGCAGGUUAACUGUGGGAUGGUUACGUUAUCGUACGACCUUGUGAAUGACGUGACGUUGUUUCGUCUUUGCGAAGGGUCGUAAGCAGCCUCAUUCUCCCCGGGGGUGGGGGUGGGGGGGCGUCUGCCACUAUAGAUGGCUACCUCGAACAGAUUGGUUGUAUAUACACGUUAAAGGCAUAAUAAGCCCAUUGCUUAUGCAAUGUUGACGGAUGCUUGAGUAACUGGCACCUUGUGUAGUUGAUA